GUAGACGUGUCACCUGCUCAAAAAAAUCAAGCAAAAUGUUUUUGACUAUAAUUAAAGUGUUGAGGCCAAUGCCACCUGAUACUAUUGGAGUAAGUGCAGCGGAAAUAGUUCACAAAGCAGCAAAGUGAACUGAUCAUGACAGGGUGUCGCUGUGACAGCAGCAGCACCAGAAGCAGCAGCCGACACAGCAGCAGCAGCAGCCGGCGGGAGCAGAGACUGAGCGCAGGAUUCAAUGUUCCCGUUCCGGGCAUUUAAAUAACGUGCAGACACCGAGCAGCGGGUUAUUAACAGACGCAACGCGGUGGCGUGAACAUCACCAAAAAGACAAGUGAACUACAAAAGAAAAGCCAAAAUAAGAAAAUAUCUCAAGCACAUAAAAUUUACGAAUAGAAGAAAAAGUCGCGUGAACUUGUGUCUGUGUGUGAAUGUGUGUGAGUGUGUGUGCAUGGGAUUUCCCGCGUUCUGUCGCCCCAAUAAAUAAAUACACUACACUAAAUUGGCAAUUGGCCGAGCAGCAACCGAGACAGACAGUCGUUUAGUGUUUGUGCCGGAAGUGCGAAUGUGACAGCAUUGAGAUAUAUAAGUUGUAUACAGAUAUACUCGUAUAUUGCACACAAACAGACUCACAUGCAUAGGUGAAAGGGAAAAUUUGCAAAUUGAAAAGUGAAAAUGUCUUCGACGAUGAAGCCGCAACAACUGCCACUAACCAUUUCGAAUCACGGCAAAAGCAAAGUGCCGUUAAGCAACAAGACAUACGAUGAGCAUGACAUGUGCUACGAUGCCUUCAUGUCGCCACCGUUGAGUGCCAGCAUUGGCAUCGCUCACGGUGUCAAACAGGAGCCAUUUCAGGCACCUAAAGCCGUUGGCUCCAUCUCUUCCUCAGUGAAUUCUAUUGCCGGCUUGGAGGCGACGAGUUUUGGCUGUGGCGAAAUGCAGUUUCCGGACUUUUCACACCUUUGCUUUGCCACCGAGACGCCGAAUUCGGUGUUCAGCGAAUGCCAGAGCUACACGGGACCAGAGCAACAGGAUCGCGAUGAUAUUGUGUGUGCCUCGGCCGAGGAGCAGACGGGAAUGCCCUAUCAGCAGGGUCAGUACACACAGCUCAAUCGCGAGGAUGUCUUUCGCUUUGAGCCCGAGGACAUUGCACGACUCACGGCUGACAGCAGCAGUGGCAGCAAUGGCAGCAAUGGUUGUGGCAGUAGCAGUGGCAAUAAUGCCUAUGAUGAGCUGGCUGGUUUGUUGCAGAUGCCUCAAACACCGUACACACCGUGCAGUGCUCAGCCGACACAACUAGUGGCCUCGGGUGGCGGCGAAAUGAUGGCGCAGGACCUACUCAAUCAGGACAUUGAUUAUUUUAAUUAUGACGAAGUUAAUUGCCAAUCAAAAAAUCAAUCUCCUUGCUCCUCGCCGCACUUGGAGGCCUGGUUGAAUUUCAAUCUUGGUGAAAUGUCAACGUCUGAAACGCCAUGCAACGAUGCCUCUCCCAAAUUAUGCAACAUUUACGAGCAGCAGCUGCAACUGCAGCCGCAGCAACAGCAACAUCAACAGACAGACAUUAAAGUCGAGCAGCAGACAGCAACGAAGCUGCCGUCAAUGAACUCGACAUUUGGCACACCAAAGUGUGCCCCUAUGUGUGGCGGCAACAACUAUGAUGAUUAUUCGAAUCUCUAUCAGAGUGGCGCCGCCGCGUUGCAGGAUGCGGGCUGCCUCUAUGGCGGCGGUGGCAACAUGGAUGAUUUUGCCAGCGACAAUUUCCAGCACAACAUUUCGCAAGCUAUCGAGAAACCAAAUCGUGAACACAAAUUCAUUUGGACAAUCGAUGAAUUGGAUGAACUGGAUUUGGGUGACCAUCAAAAGACUGAGUUGGAUAAUUUGGUGGACAGUUUGCCCGUAACAACAGCUGAACAGCUAACUACCGGCGACAGUGACGAAGAGUGCGGCGGCGACGACGAAUGUGCGGAGGAGGAUGAGGACAAUGAUAUUGAUAACGAGGUGUUUGCACCGCCAGCUGCCGAACGCUGCGAGCUCGAGGUGGAAGGCACGGAGGCGGGUGUGCCGCUAAUCUGCCGCUGGACAGGUUGUGACAUGGAGUUUCCGCAACAGCAGAUAUUCGUGGAGCACAUCGAGAAGUGUCAUGUGGAUGUGCGCAAGGGUGAGGAUUUCUCGUGCUUCUGGCUCGACUGCCCAAGGCGCUACAAGCCCUUCAACGCUCGCUACAAGCUGCUCAUCCAUAUGCGUGUCCACAGCGGCGAGAAGCCUAACAAAUGUCCCUUUCCGGGAUGCAAUAAAGCGUUUUCACGUCUGGAAAAUUUGAAAAUUCAUCAACGUUCGCACACCGGCGAACGGCCUUAUGGCUGCCAAUAUAAAGGUUGCCUCAAAGCUUUCAGCAAUAGCUCGGAUCGCGCCAAGCAUCAAAGAACCCAUUACGAUACGAAACCUUAUGCCUGCCAGCUGCCUGGUUGCACCAAGCGCUACACGGAUCCCUCGAGUCUGCGUAAACAUGUGAAAAAUCAUGGAAUAAUGCGACGCAAAUCUGCCAGUGGCGCUGCCACAACCACCAGCAACGCCACCACAACGUGCAGCAAAAAGACGGCUAAGACUCGACGACACUCGGAAUCGGCAUUGUUGCAGAAGGGUCAGAGGCAGGGAAGUGUUGGUGGCAAUAUGGCAGCAGGUGAGCAACGCUCGCAGCGCAGCAAUAGUUGCAGUGAAGCGGCGCUCUUGAUGCAGAGUGGUGUUCAGGAUGAGGAGAUACUUGGGCAAAGGCUAACGGGAAUUGGCAACCACAAUGCCUGCAGCAUGGACAAUGUUGCAACUAAUAACAAUUCAAUGAAAUUUAAUGAGUUGUCAAAUUGCAUUGUCAUCAUUGAGCACGGCCCAAAUGAGGUGGCAGCAGCAACAGCGACGUCCACGACGACAAACAGCUGUGAAAGUGUGGCAAGUCGAUACACAACAAUAACAGCAACAACAGCAAACACAACAGCAUCAACAACAACAACAACAAGUGCGGCAACAUAUGCUGGCUUUAGCUAUUACAAUGGCAGCGGGAUGGCAACGGAAACAGACGCGCUCAGCAAUUGCAGCAGCAGCAACAACAGCAAUAUCAACAACAGCAACUGCAACAAUUACAAACCCAACAACAACAGCGACUCGUGCAAUACGGAAAAUUUCAAUAAAUUUAAUGAACUUGAACAAUUGUUAGCUGGCAAUCGCGAGGAGCAAAAUGUUGCCAACGUAUUCGAUUCCACUGCCAAUAAAUGCCAAUUAAAUGAGUUUGUAUCUUUCGAAUAUGUGCGAAAGUAUCUAACGGAUGCAUUCGACACCCCGAUCACAAAUGAAACACCCAAGUGCAACAUUCAGAAUCAAGCGCAGCAGCUCGAUAAUAAUUUCGAGCAAUAUGAUAUACAAUUUAUUUAAUAAGAAUUGCGCUAUCAAUCCAAAGAUCUCAG